AUGUUUAAUUACAAGUUUAGCAACCUGCUGGGCGCUCCAUUCAGCUGCAGCCAGGCCCAGCUGGCAUUCGACCGCAAGGGCGCGUCCCUCUUCGUCCCCAGCAGCAACCGCGUUUGCCGCUACACCCUAGAUACGACUCCUAACCCUGCCCCCAGCAGCAGCAGCGCCGGCAGCAAAAGAGCUUUCGAUUCAUCUGUUCUGCCCGAAAAUGACGGCGAAACUAGCAGCAGCAGCGGCAGCAGCAGCGCGGUCCACACUUACCCUUUUGAGGGUUUAGUAGACAUCAUGCACUUCUGCAUUCGGUCGGACAGCCAGCUAGCCAUCAGCAUUGACGUGCAUGGGCAAGGGUUGGUAAUAAAUCUGGCUAAGGGCAAUGUUCUUAAUCGCAUUCGAUUUAAAAGCAACACAACUAGCAAAAUUAGGUGGCAGCAGCAAAAACAGCAGCACUUGGUUACUGCUGCUGCCUUCUCGCCUGACGAUGCCCUCUUCGCCGUUGCCUGCGGAAGAAGCAUCCAGCUCUGGCACUCUCCCAGUGCCGCCACGAACUACCAGCUGCACCUACUGACCUCGUUCACUUUACACCAACAACUCAUUACUUGUCUCUCCUGGAGCCCUGAUUCUCUUCACCUUGUUUCGGGGUCCCAAGACUGCACAGUUAGGCUAUGGCGGGCUCGCGGUAAAUGGGGGGGACAAACAUCUGCAGCUGCAGCUGCAGCAGCAGCAACCGCAGCAACAGCAGGGACAGAAGAGGCAGCAGCAGCAGCAGGAGAUGCUGCUUUCAUUCCUUCUGCAUUUCUGUCUCACCGGCACGAAUUGAAGUUCGUUUGUUUCUCCCCAUGUCUUACGCGUAUUUACUCUGUCAACAGAGAGGGCUGCAUCAUUACCUGGGUCUGGCGUUCAUUGGAAGAGGCGCAAGAAGAAGCUGAAGCAAAUGCAGAAUAUGACAAGGAUUUCAAGUUAAAAAACGCAGCUCGUCCAAUCAACCCAGAUUACUUCAAUCAGCGCCGCGAGAGAGAGAAGCAGGAGGCUGCACAGUCGAAAGCAAAGGCAAAAGUGAAAGAAAAGGAAGCAAGCGGAGAAAGGAGCAUGCCCACAGUUGGUGACUCCGUGGAAUUCUACCACCUCAUUGAUUACACCAAGGGCUUGUGGAAGAUGGAACAAAAGGCCUACUGCAAUCAGCAGCCAGGGCAGAAGGUUUCCCGCGCCGCCACAAACCUAUCCCCGUACUACAGGUACACGGGGCCUCCCUCGGGCCGCCCCGUGAACUCCCAGGAGGGCCUCCGGGGGGCCCACGCCCCACCGCAGUACCUUCUGAUUGGGUUUACGGGAGGCGUCUUUCAGUUGUAUACCUUGCCUGACUUGGGAGCUGUUGUUAAGCUGUCAUUUGGGGUCAGAUCGUUAGACAGCGUGUGCCUGUCUUACGACGGGGAGUGGGUAGCAGCAGCAGCUGCAGAAAGCAGCACUUUACUUGUCUGGGAGUGGAGGAGUGAAACAUUCGUUUUGAAGCAGCAGAGCCACCAACAAGGCAUGCUAUGCUUGGCGUUUUCUCCUGCAGCUGAUGCUGCAGCAGCUGGCAGCCACAGAAUAGGGUCGCGCACGGGCCAGGGGCUUUCCUCAGGGGCGUCAGUGGGAGCUUCUGGGGGCUCUGCGGGGAUUUCUUUGGGCCUGGGCUCCAGCCCGGGACUGUUGGCUACUGGCAGUAGUGACGGCAGGGUUAAGGUUUGGGACGGCGAGAGGGGUUUCUGUCUCUGCACUUUUGCUGCUCACGCUGCAGUUGUUACAGACAUAUGCUUUUCUCCUUCUGGCAAUUUGCUUUUCUCAGCGUCGCUAGAUGGCACAGUGCAGGGAAUGGACCUUCUCAGGCUCAAACCCUUCAGGGUGUACACUGCUCAUAGCGCAGCUGCUGCAACAAUGGGCUUUGCGGGUCCGGGAGGGUCCCCUGGGAGCUACUUGGACAGCAGCGUGCAGUUCACUUCUGUGGCUGUCGACAGUGGGGGAGAGUUGGUGGUGGCAGGGGCCCAAGGUAGCUGUUAUUCAGUCUUCGUUUGGAGUGUACGCACAGCUAAGCUACUCGAAGAAUUGCAGGGCCACGAGGCGCCCGUCGUAGCUCUCGCUUUCCACCCCCACCCGGACAGACAGGGGAUUUUAGCAUCAGGCAGUUGGGACAAAACGGUCAAGCUGUGGGAUAUCUUGGGACGCCGCAGCCGUGGGGGAGCUCCUGAAACAAUCCAGCAACCCGGCACAGUCCUGUGCCUGGCUUUCGACCCACAGGGUCGGGGUCUGCUCGCUGUGGGAGGCGACGGGGGCCGUGUCUGCCUUUUUGACUCAUUUUUAGGAGCAGAUGGGCCAAUCAGCACGAUUGAAUGCCUCCGAGAUAUACAGGGAGGGAGGAAGAUUACAGACAGAGUUGCGAAGAACGCAUGGGCAACGAAAGAGAAGAAGCGCGUGAUGGGUUUGGUGGCCGGCUUGGACUUGAACUGCGCCGUUACAUCUCUGUCAUUUUCUUCCUCUGGUUCUAUGCUGCUAAUUGCAAGUAAACAAACAAACAAAGUUUUUCUCUACCAAGUUGGAGGAGGGUCUCUCCUUUCCGUUUUCGUUUUGACGAACAAUAGACUACUAGAUGGAAUACGGAGGGAACUCAACUCCAAAUUUAUAGCUGACGAUGGCACUCCAAUCCAGGAGUACGACCUGUCGGACGUUGACGACGACUUCAUUGAGGGAGAAAGAGAAAGGAAAAGAAUCCGUAAUCACCGCUCCUUGCCUGGGGUCAUGAGCGGAGAGCUGGCGUCUAAGAACGGUUACCUUUUUAACGUCAAUUUUGUUGGUUUUUCAUCUGACAGCAGAGCCUUUGCCGUCGCUACGUCCCAUGGGCUCUAUAUCUACGGCAUAGAUUUAUUUGGUGGGAUUCUGGGCAACUACGGCGUAACAGAGACCGGCAUGUCUCUGCCGUUCCUGACAAAAAACGUCACAACAUCCAAUAUAGCGAAGGCUUUACAUAAUGAAGAAUACGCCAAGGAUGCGCUCACUAAAACUCCCAUUGGCAGCAACUCAGGGGCCCUCUCUAGGAUCCCCUUGAGAACCUCACUAGGGUCCCCCAUAACACAAUUCAAUGCGGCAUUUACUAGAGCCUUCAAUGGUUCUCCCCUGGGGCCUCGAGUCGGAGGUCUAGGGUAUGCCGCAACGUCCGCUGCUCUGUACAAUCGAGGCACGCGCAGAAAAUUUGUCUCUAGGGGAAAAGAUAAAGGAAAAUCUCUCACUUUCCAGCCCAGCACUUGCCAGCCCGCCUACUACCCUAUUGCUGAUGGCCAAACGCUACGUGCUGCGGCUACAGCUGAUCGGGCAGCGGCAGCGUCAACUGCUGCUGCUGCUGCUGCUGCUGCUGAGGAAACAGAUCCGCCAUUGUACAACGACAGAAACAAAAGCAUCGAUGACAAAUGCGGCAGCAGCAGCAGGGAAGGAGAGCGCAGGAGGUCUAUAGCGGCUGAUAACCCCGGCGCCGAUGCCGACAGCAGCGUGAACGCAAUGAACAGCAAUAGCAGCAACGGCAGAACGGAAACCAUCACCAUUAACAGCAGCAGCGCUUCGCCCGCCAGUGUAACCCACUGCAUAUGCAGCGCAGCAGCAGCAGCGAAAAACGCAUCUGGCUCUCCCUCCGACAACGCCCUUGUCUUGCGUUUUGCCCCUAGUCCCACAGGACGUUUGCAUGUAGGGGGUGCCCGCACAGCUCUAUUCAAUUUUGGUCUGCUAACAGACCAUCGCAAGCAUUUGUAUGACUCUGAGAUGCCACCGGAGCCUCCGGGGGCCCCCACCGAUUCGCAGGCCUCCGCACGAGGCAAGAGAGAUAGAUUUAUUUUAAGGAUUGAAGACACAGACAGCAGCAGAAACGACAAAAAUAUGGAAGCGGAAAUAGUCAGAGAUCUGCGGUGGUUGGGCAUACAGUGGGAUGAAGGACCCGAUGUAGGUGGCCCCAAAGGCCCCUAUCGUCAAUCUGAAAGACAAGAAAUAUAUAGACAGCAAGGCCGACGACUGCUGCAAAAAGGAUUCCUGUACAGAUGCUUUUGCAGCAAAGAGAAGCUGCUGCAACAGCGCCAAGAGUUUGUGCGCCAGGGCCUUCCGCCUCGCUAUGAUGGGACAUGUCGAUCUUUGGACCCGCAAGAGGCGGAGAAACUCGUAGCGGAUGGGAGGCCAUUCACCCUUAGAUUCAAGACCGCGGCUGAGCCAGACAGGAUAAGUUUCACGGACAUCGUGAGAGGCUGCGUGACCUUAACGGUGGGACAGACUACAGGGGACUUCGUUUGCUUCAGACCAGCUGCAAGGGUCUGCUCAAGAGCCCCAGUAGAUUCAGCGAAACCGUCCUUGGAGUCCUCAACACGGGCAGGAGCUUCCACAGAAGAAGAUCUAUGGGGACCUCCCGUUUAUAACUUUUGUGCUGCCGUUGAUGACUGGCUGAUGGGGGUUACGGUUGUCGUAAGAGGCGAAGAGCACAUUACGAACACAGUGGCGCAACUGCUUGUGGGGCGGGCCUUGGGGGCCCCAACGCCUGUCUUCUGUCACCUUCCAAUAAUCAAGGCAAGGGAGGGAGGCAAAGUUAGUAAACGAAAACAGUUAAGAAGUGCCAGUAGAUGCAACGGCAGAGGCAGCAAUAGCGGCAACAAUAGCAGAAACAGCAGCGGCAGUGACUACACCAUCCGCGGGCUACGGCUGUGUGGGUAUCAUCCUGAGGCGAUUGUUGAAUUCUUGCGGGGCCACCACGCUACAUGCAUAGAUCAGCAAAGGAAGACGGCGUCUUGGAUGAGUGCAUUAGGGCGAAGUGCUUUCUUAUUUGAUGAAAAUCACUUAGAAUUUGCACACAAGAAGAAAAUACAGAAAUUGAUUGAAAGCCCCAAUCAGGAGGAUUUGGUACAAUUUUUCCUAGACGUUCUCUCUGAGGCCUCAGGUGUCUGUUGGAACACCCCCAUAGAAUCGAGAGCAACAGCAGAAACACCGGAUGACACAGCAGGAACUUUUCGGGCUUGCGACUGCGGGAAACCUAUCUCCUCAGUCCUGCAUAGGACUAAUCCUUUCCUGUUCGCUUUCAUCUCCUUAGCUGCUCGUCUGCUCCUACCGCAGCACAGGGCGCCUGAAGACAUUGCGCUUGCCCUCACUGAAGCUCUCAGGGGUGGCAACCUAACUGUUAUGGGAUUCACGGCCACGGCCGCCGGAGUUCCGUUUUUGGGACGCCCCGUGUGGGAGUCCCGUUCCCAGGUGUGUACUGCGGUGCCACACUUCCUUGAUGUUGCAGCCGCAGUGGUUGCCUCUAGAGACCUUUUUUUGAAGCUAUCCAAAGCGGAAUCAGUAGGAGGAACUAAAACGCCACUAGAAACAGCACAAACAGAAAAGGCAAAAACAGGAGCAGUGGCAGCUGAAUUGCGGAGAAAUGCCAAAGGGGCUUCAAACGAAAUGGAAGAAACCGGUGAGAUACACGCGCAGCAGCAGCAGCAGCCGACAUUGCUGCAUCGGUUUGAGUCCUGGAAAGAGAAGGUGCAGACACAGCUGAAUAUUAGCAGGGCAAGCCUCUUGAAGCUCCUUAGGAUCGUACUAACUGGCAGAGAUACGGGGCCGCCAAUAACCCAGCUGCUGCAACUGCUCGACGCUGCAGUACUGGGGGGCCUUGCCGUGCAUGCGGAGGGAACGACGCUGGACAAAAAGGGGAACAAGUGGACUCGCGUCUCAAGACACUGCGGGGUGUCUUGGCUACAGAAACAAACCGUGAAAACUGUCGAGCAAAGGCUGACAGAGCUGGCGUUUGUGGCCUACUGA